AUGGCUCCGCGCAAUCCCGAUUCUCGCGAUGCGGGCAUUGCGACGCCCCUGGCUAGAUUUUGGACACAUUCCUAUGCGCCCGACUACUUAGGAUUCGGCGCUCUUCUAGCAGCAUACCUGGUCCUGGUGUUUUUCGUCGAACCCUUCCAUCGCAUGUUCUAUAUCAACAACCUCAACAUUGCCUUUCCUCAUGCUGAGAUAGAGCGGGUGCCUGUUUGGCUUAACAUCGUAUAUGCUGCAUGCGUCCCUUUGGUUCUCGUCAUUGUCUACAACAGCGUGACUCGCGCUUCGUUUCAUAAACACCACAAUGCCGUCCUCGGCCUUGCCAUUGCCUUGAUCAUGACUUCAUUUCUUACCGAUAUUGUAAAAAAUGCGGUUGGACGGCCGCGCCCUGAUCUUAUCGCUCGUUGCAAGCCGGCGCCCAGCACUAAACCAGACAUGCUUGUCAGUAUUGACGUCUGUACCGAGACCAAUCAUCACACCCUGCACGACGGAUGGCGCUCGUUCCCGUCAGGUCACUCUAGCUUUUCAUUCAGUGGACUCGGGUACUUAUCUUUUUUCCUGGCCGGCCAGUUGAGGAUAUUCCGCGAUAAGAAGGGACUUGGACGGUCUUUGGUGUGCUUAGCACCGUUGGUUGGAGCGGCAAUGAUUGCUAUAAGCCGAUGCCAGGACUAUCGUCACGAUGUCUAUGAUGUGUGUGUGGGUUCAUUUUUGGGCAUUACUGUGGCAUUGUGGAGUUAUCGUCGAUACUGGCCGAGGCUAAACAGCCGCGAUUGCCAUGAACCCUAUCCUACGCCAGCGAUAGAACACGAAGAUGGAGAAGGCUGGCAGCGGGUGCGAGACGAGGAGGAGGGUGGUGGUCCUAUCUUGGGUCGCAGUGCUGGGUACGAAAUGGUCAACUUAGGAAGAGUUCAUGGCUAA